AUGGAUGAUAUAUUGCAUUGCAAGCUGUCCACUCUGAUCGACGAGGGGCCCAUCCUGCAGCUGGACAAGACGGAAAAUGCCCAGCCUGCAAUAAUGGCCGUGUCCAUCAUGAUCUUGAAGGUCCUCGAGAAAGACUUUGGCUUCAAGACGGAGCAAGUGAUCGAUGUCACAUUGGGACAUAGCCUAGGCGAAUAUGCAGCACUAGUUGCCGCCGGGAAUUUGGAGUAUGCAUAUGGACUCGACCUCGUCCGGAGACGUGGGGACGUUAUGGGAGAAUGUACGAGAAAAGCAAAAGAGGAAUCGGGCGAGGAUUUCGGCAUGAUUGCCCUGGUGUGCGAGCCAGAGCAGCUCGACUCGUUGAUCGCAGCCGUCCGAGAAUUCCUGAGCCAGGGCUCCGAGGGCGCAAAGGACGACUCCAGUGCUCUGCCGGCAUUUCAACAGAUUGCCAUUGCCAAUAUCAACUCCAAGAACCAGAUCGUGCUCAGCGGCAGCUUCCAGCGGAUACGGAAUCUGCUGAUCCACAUACGAGAAUUUGGCGGCCAUGAUCCCCGAGCUGUUGAGUUGAAGUCGCGCUCAGCUUUUCACAGUCCAAUCAUGAUGCCGGCAUACGAAUUCAUGAAGAAGGCUCUCGUCCCCGAGAAGGUGACCUUUCCCGGUCGUGUCCCCUGCAUCAGCAACGUCACUGCUAAGCCUUUUGCGUCGAAAGAUGAUUUGAUAAAGAACCUUGCAAGGCAGGCUGUUGACACUGUCCUCUGGUGGGAUUCGAUCAAAUAUUUAGAUCGAGAGGCUGGAUGCCGCCGGUGGCUUGGACUAGGGCCUGGAAAGGUUGGACGCAAUCUUGUCUCGAAAGAGGUUGGCCGUUCCUCUGCAAAAGGGGGAGGUGUCUGGUCCAUCACGGAACCAAAUGAAAUUGAAGAAACUCUGCGUGAUCUGGAAGCUACUGCAAAGGAGGAAGAUGAAUGA